CCGCUGCCCACCUGUAGGCGCAUCGCAUAGCUGAGCUUGCGUAGCGGAGCACGCCGAGCGGCAUGCGGGAGGACGAAGGGGACGUGGGCGGGUCAGCCGGUGGCCUCGCCUCCGUAGGGUCGCCGAUGCUGGAGGCCGGCCCGAAGGCGGAGGCGGCGAAGCUGCUGCCCUUCCUGGCGCUCGGGGCGCGGGCUGACCUGCAGGCGGCGGCGGCGCAGCAUGUGCUGGCGCUGACCGGCUCGGGGCCCGGCCGCACGCUGCUGGCCGGCCAGGCGGCACUGCUGCGGGCUCUGGUCGAGCUGGCGGUGGCCCCUGCUCCCGCCCCGGCCCGAGACGCCGCUCGCGCGCUAGUCAAUCUGUCCGCCGACCCCGGCCUGCACGAGCCGCUGCUGGCGGCCGAGCCCGGACUACCUGCCCGCCUGCUGGGCUGCGCGUUGGACCCACAGUGGCCCUGGGCCGAGGAGGCGGCCGCCGUGCUGGCUAACCUCAGCCGCGAGCCGGUGCCAUGUACUGCGCUGAUGGCGGCGCUGGCGGCCGCUGAGCCCGGGGAGUCGGGCCUGGAGCGGCUGGUGCGCGCGCUGUGCACUCCCGGCUACAACGCCCGCGCGCCCCUGCACUACUUGGGGCCAGUGCUCUCCAACCUCAGCCAGCGUCCUGCGACGCGCGCUUUCCUGCUGGACCCCGACAGGUGCGUGGUCCAGCGGCUGCUGCCCCUUACCCAAUACCCGGACUCCUCGGUGCGCAGGGGCGGGGUGGUGGGGACACUGCGAAACUGCUGCUUCGAGCACCGACACCAUGAGUGGUUGCUUGGGCCUGAGGUGGACAUUCUCCCCUUCUUGCUACUGCCCCUGGCUGGGCCUGAGGACUUCUCCGAGGAGGAGAUGGAGCGGCUGCCCGUUGACCUGCAAUACCUGCCACAAGACAAGCAGCGAGAUCCUGAUGCCGACAUCCGCAAGAUGCUCAUUGAGGCCAUCAUGCUGCUGACGGCCACGGCACCUGGUCGGAAGCAGGUGAGGGACCAGGGAGCCUACUUGAUCCUGCGCGAGCUGCACAACUGGGAGCCAGAGCCCGAUGUGCGGGUGACUUGUGAGAAACUCAUCCAGGUUCUUAUUGGGGAUGAGCCAGAGCAUGGCAUGGAAAACCUGCUGGAGGUGCAAGUACCUGAGGAUGUUGAGCGACAGCUGCAGCAGCAGGACCGCCAGGAGCAGGAACAGUGCGAGCGGGUGCAGCAGGCGCUGGAGCUGGCCCCAGAGACACAGGCAGAGGUAGCCGCACCCACCUGAGGCCUGUGAAGCCUGCCACCAGCUCCGGGCCCACCUUUGCUCGCCAUCCGUCCAGGCCUCCCCGACCAGGUCUGCCUGCAGCCGCCGGCAGGCCUCUGGGUCCCCUUGCUCUGAGGGUGUGCCCUGCUGAGAAGCAGAGCUGUUCUUAAGCGCCAGGUCUUUGCUGAGGGUUGAGGGCACCUCCCUGUGCCCUGUUGGCUCCAGCAAGAAUGCUGGUUGCUCAGAGGAGGACUGUUCAGCCAGAGCUGGCCCAACCCUAUGACUUGCUCAGGUAUCUCCAGGGGGAUGGCCAGCAGGGCUGGACAGAAAAACACUGCAAGCCCGAGGGGCUAGCUGGAGCUUCCCAGUCCCAAGGGUGCUACAGGGGUCUGGGCAUAGGGGGGCACCCAGGUGCUUGCAGUGCCCCUUGGUACCAGUCCCACACCAGGCCUCUCCAUCCUGGGGCCCUGCCUGAGACCCAGCCUCAAAGGGCUCACCUACUGAGAUUUUCACCAGCCACACCCUGUCCUCGGAGCACUUGCUGGGUGUCGCCUCCCCUUCAUGCUCCCCACCUUUCCACCUGUGCCCAAACCUACCCUCAGUUCUUUGCACGCUCCUCAAGUCCCGUUUCCCAGUCUUGGACUGACCUGAUGCCCUCGCUCUCCCCCACUAGCUAGGCCCUCUCCCUGGUCGGCUUGCCUGAGCCUCAGCUCCCCAGAACCUCUCGCCUACCAAGCUGAGAGCCUCCCUGAUGUGCCUGCAGCCUUGCCCUUGGCUCAAGUCUUUCCCCUGACCACCCUCCAAAGCUGGAGGCAGCUUCACUGGCGCGCCCAUCAGGGCUGGCUUCUUCAUGGGUGCCGGGUGUCUCCCUCCUCUGCGGUCUCCUCUCUAUUCCCCCGCUCCCCCCAAACAAAUUAAAGCUCUGGCCUGGA